CAGACUUCUUUGCAUGACGCACAGUAAAUAACAACAUCUUCGCUGAAUUUUAAUACAAACCCUUUACUUUUUUGUCGCCUGCCAAAGGCCUUCAAAUGCAGUAAUCUAAAACCUAAACUGCAUUUUUUGAAGCUUAAAUCCAGCAAGUGACUCUUAAGGAGGGGUAAGAAUUCAGUUUCUUCAGUAAAACCAUCAUUUAUUCAAUGCCGAAGGCCCUAAAACGCAUAUCCGGCCGUUGUUUAAUACCAUUUUUGAAGAUGUCAAUUUCUUGAUUUUAGUUUCUGAAGACGCUUGAAGACUAUACAGGAGCUUGUCUCUACGAAUGAUGAACAUUUAUUUAUAAGCUCACAUGGAACAAAUACAAGUGGAAGCAGAAACUCAGUGGUAGGUGAAGAUUUUCAAAGUUGACUUCACAUAUGUGUUGUCGAUACUGUUGUAAAAUUUCUCCUGAGCUCCACUGAAACAAUACAACAAUAAGUGGUCCAGCGCCGCUUACACGUGUGUCUUGAUUUUGAUUCUUUUUUAGGAUCUACACCUUUGCAGACAGCUCAAGAAUCUUGACCAUUGUUAUAUCGAUUUUGCUGAUUAUCUAUGGCAGUUUCAGGUGAGAUUAUGUUUUUAUUUUUGUGAGGUUCUGGUCAAGUGACGUUCAUCCAUUGUCAGCGCUUUCGAAUGUGCGUGACCUCAAAAGACGGACGCAGUUGUUCGAAUUUAAAUCAGUAUGCAAUCCGCCUUUUAGCUUUUCCCAAUUUCUUAGAGUUACAAGUUAUUUGAUAAGUGGAAAAUAUCAGGAAAUCAUGUUAAUUUUGAUACUUCAAAAACGAAAUUUCAGUUUUUGUCAAAAUGUACAUGUAACACGUUCCAUGUAGUACAGCUGUAACUUUAUCCUAGUUUAUCUUUUAAGAGAAUUGCAUGUAUCUAUGUUAUUUCAGCCAUAAAUAAAAAUGGUUUUCCACUUUUUUUUCUUGGUAGCUCAAAGCACAUGUUAUUUGUAGACGUCUUUUUGAUAGCUUUUUUGUUUUAAUUCAAAGCAACGUGACCUUUACAUGAAUACAUUCAGAUACAUUAAUGUAUGCCCAGACACAAAAAUCCUGCCAAACCUGUACUACUGAAAAAUUAUUUUCACCAGGAAUUAUUUUGAAAAAUAAUUUUAUAUGGACACUUACUUCUGUGUGUAAAAUCUUCAGUGCUCUUGUUAUGCAAGCAGUAAUUUGAAGUUAUUUACAUAAAAGAUGUAUUUUUUUUUAAUUAUGGUAUUUGUGUCCCUCUGUGCCAUUAAAAGCCUUCUUCUAUUAUAAAUCUGUCUCAUGGAAAUCAGGGCUAGUGUUACACAUGUUACUUUUAGUGUUAUUUAACCAACCCCCAAUGUCCUGCCUUAGAACUCUUUGAAGCUCUAGAGCUGUACCAUACUGCUACUCUCUGGUCCUCUGGUAAUUUCACAAGAAUCUUUGACCGGCUCUAUAAGAGGCACAUUGAAUUAUUUAUUUUUCAGAGUCACAGUGACAAGAAAUGCAUUAUAAUUUAUUAAUCCAUCCUAAUUUGAAUGCCAUUUAUUUCAUUGUUUGAAGUGGCAGCCCUUUCAAUCAUAAUAAAAAAAAUCAUGGUUAUUAUUACAAAAAUGUGGUUUUAAACUACUUUCUUGCUACUUUAUUUUCUGAUCUGAAAUACAUGUACAUAUGAAGGGAUUUUGUUAGUUUGAAAUCUUAUCAUCUACAUCAAUUUUUAAUUCAAAAAGUGGAAAUUUUGUCACUCUCUUCUGGACGAUAAAAUGCUGAUCAAAAUUUCCCCAACGACUGAAUGAGAAAAUGACAAACAUUAUUUAUAUAAAGCUUGUAACACAAGCUCUUCUUUGAGGCUAAAUGAUGCUGGAAUGGUAAAUGGUACUUUUCUCAGGAUAAUGUUGUGCUAAAUAUAUGAUCAGAGACGAAUAUCAGGAUUAGGGACGGAUCUGCAAAUCCUCAGUUGUUAUUGAGGGGUAACAUCAAGAGUUUGUCUUAUCUUGAUUGUUGUUUUCUUCAAGAUGUUACCUAAUCACAAUGAUUCUUUGUGUCACUAGCUGUCUUACUUGCUUUUGAAUCUAGGGGUCAAAUGUUGCUGUUGAUUUAACUGAAUUCUUGCAUAAUUAUUACAUAACAUGUAUAUUAUUUUCAAUUUACUACAUAAUUGAUCGUUCAAAAUAUAGAACUUCCUGGCUUUCCAGAGGGAGUAGACGGGUCCAAGGUUGAACUAUUUCAAAACCAAGUUCAGAAAUUAUGAACACAGUCAUCAACUUUUAUGAUAGUUAGCCUGUCAUGCCCUUACUCCCAGCCUUAAAGUUGCUUAAAAUUGCAGUGUAAUUUAAUUAAAGUACUUUGUACAUUGUGCAAACUUAGCAAAUUAAAGAGACACUGUUAAUUGAACAAAAGCAUUUAAACUCCAGGUUCAAAUAAUGCUUUAAUCUGCCUCUAGACAGACUCUUUCCAUAACCAUAAUUUUAUGAUACUUUGUCGGAACAUGAACAGUAAAAGUCGUCUUCAAAAAUAACAGGAUAUCCUGUUUUUUUACCAUUAUGCUUUAAUGAAAACUUUCCCAUAAUUUUAUGAUACAUGUACAUGAACAGUAAUAAGUAACAUAUCCUGUUUUUUUUUACCAUUAUAAUGAAAACUUUCUCAAAAUUGUUGCAAAUUUCAUUCCAUUUGAGUAAGAAGUGGUCUGGUUACAUGCAUGUAUCCAUAUUUAUUGUCUAUAGGGCCUUGGGAUUGGAUGCGGCAUUUAACUUACCGGAAGAUGGGGAAGCCGAACAGCCAAACCCAAGUUCCUCUCCUUUUGCAAGACUUAUGGAUGGUGAGGGUGAAAUCAUCUUUAUUUUUAGGGAUAGUAGCACUGUGAUCAUGCAGACUGAAUGGUCAUUUUUAGAAAAAAAAACCUUACAAACAGUACUUUUAUCUAGUAGUACUAUUAGUUUUAAGUAUUUCCCUGUAUUUAGGUUAGAAUGUUUACAUGAUUUUGAUCAAAUUGAUACCUCUUUUAUUGCUUUUUAAAUUUGUUAGUAAAUACUGCCAAACAAAAUAAUAUUAUUCUGUGUUAACCACAGUUGUUGACAAAACAUCAUUUGGUUUGUAUUAGGUAUCUUGCAUGUACAAUCUUUAGGUUGUGUUUCUAGUUUUAUCCUUAGUUUGCCUAUAGUUUUGUUUUACUUUGUUUCUUAUUUGAUAUCUGCAAAAAAAUUUAAAAUGUCAGGCACUGUUGACACCUUCCUUUCACAUUAAAUUCUAGCCUCUUGAGCGUUAUCAUUUCCCUUUGAAGAUAUUUUCAGUUGAAGAAUUUUUUACAUACAAAUGUAUUUCAUUAAGUAGCCAUCUAUCACUGUAUCAUUAUACCAUACUUUGUAUUUUUUUUAAUUAGCCAAUGAAUAAUUAUAAGUAAAGCUGGUAUGUUGUUAUUUCCAUUUCCAGGGUUCCAAACGAUCAACACUGCUCAAGCUGUGUUUUUGCCAGUUGGAGCUUCUUUCUCUCUUCUUGUGAUGUUUUUCUUUUUUGAUACCCUCCAAUUUUUCUUUGCACUCUGUACUGCCGGUAAGUGAAAUAAAAUUAAUAGAACAUCUUGAUAACAAUCUUCUCCAAAAAUGAUAAGCUCUGAUCAGUUUUGGUAGAAAACUACCUGUAUACCUAGGAGGGUACUCCGGAUUUCAAGUGAUGGGAAUGAUUAAAGGUUUUUUGGGGUUUGAAACUUUCGAUUCCAGGAUUUUUUGAGGUAGGAAAUUUUGUCAAGUAUUUUUUCAAGUACAAAUGUAGGGAAUUUUUUAUUCAAGACAAUUAUGAAGAGUGGUGGCUGCGUAGUUCUUCCAAUAAAGUAGAAUCAAACUUGGGCUCAGAAAUUGUUACAUUGGAUAAUGCAAAGCAGUGCUCUGACCCUGAUUGUUCUUAUUUUAAAAACAAAAAUUUAUAAUUAACAAGAAAAAAUCUUGAAUAUUGUUGUUAUUGUAUUUGUUGUUGUUUUUCUAUUUUAUUCAAUUACCGGUAAUAGGUUUUUUCGCUACAGUGUGCUCUUUUUCAUUUUAACAUACAUGUACCGGUACCUUUCAUAUAUUAAUGAUAAUUUAUUCUUGGGAUCGAUGUUUACAUGUCCGUGUACACUGUACUAUGCUCUGCUUUCUUUGCAUGUCCUUCUUUAUACACUUUCACAUUUAACUACUAAUAACUGCUAUAUUGUAAAUUAAUUGUUAAUGAAUAUAUCAUUGUUCUUUUUUUUCAGCUUUGGCGAUGAUAGCUUUCUCUUUUGUUCUUAUGCCUGUCUGUCAAUUUCUAACAAGACCCUGCUUUGGAAGUGGCAAUCAAAAGUAAGUGGUCAGGUUAUUUCCUGUGUCAUUUUUAUAUUAAGGCUGCUUGUUCAUGACCAGGUUUUUUGCGUCAAUAACUUUUACCACUGAUUUCAGAUAUUAUGUUGGCUUUUGUGGCCGUGUCACCCCAGCAGAGGCUAUGUCACUUGUUUGUUCUUCUGCAUUAGUUUUGGUCUGGAUUGUAACAGGACAUUGGGUUCUAAUGGAUGGUAAGUUAUUUCCACUAAAUAAAUGAAAUAAUGUAUGUUUCAUGCACAGGCCCAAAGCUGUGCAUUAAGAGAAAACCUGCUAUAAAAUCCCGGGCCCAGUGAGUGUCAUUCUUAAACAACAUUUUUGUCAGUUAGGGGCAAGAGCCAAAGACCACUGCAUGUAGCCUGUGUAGCAGGUAGUUUGAAUUAUUUUUUCAAGAAGUACGUAUUCAAGGCUAGAAAAAAAAACUUGCAUCCCAAAUGUCCUUUGGGUAAGCAGCUCUCACAGUUCUAUUGUGCGAGGCCACUUUAGUUUGUCAGAAGGAGAUACCAUAUAUUGCCAACUCUCCCAGACACAUUACCGAUCUCGGACUGCUCUCCAGUACAGGUCACCAAAUCUCCCGUUCCGGAUAAAAACGACUUUUGAGUAUUUCUGUGCUUUCGUUUUAAAUUAGCCCAUUUUUUCCAAAAUAGUAGGGUUUCUGCAUUUUUCGCACAUUAUUUAGUCACUGACAAAGACUAUCUUCUCAUUACAAUGGUAAAUGCGAAUUUUGAUAGUAUGUACUUUAUGUAAGACUUCAUAAUGUCCUAGGCCAUUCCCAUGACUGUCAUAAUUUGGGGGCUGAGUCGAUUUGUGGGUGGGGCGGGGGUUUGUUGACAUUUGGGGGAGGGAAGUAGUGCAAGAGAUAGAGUCUGAUCCAGAUUUUAGAUCUGUAGAGGCUGUCAUCUCUAAGAUACAGAGCUUCAUGUAAAAUCUGAUUUGAGGUCAAAUGAGAAAAGGAGAAGGGAGGGAAUGGGGGAAGGAGUUGGGAAUCCCUGCAGUUUCCUUUCCUCACCCCUGAGACUCCCUUGACUUCUCAUUUUACUGUGGUCCAGCUUUCAUAUGACUGUUUCGUCUUGAAAAUUUUUUGCUUCCAAUUGUGAGUUACCUUCUAAUAAACGUGCCAAAACUCCCCAACUUCUCUUAGCACGUUAUAAGUCCCAACAGUAAUUAAAGUAAUAAUAAUUAAACAAAUAUAAUUUAAAUUAGUAAAAUUUAUCGCUUGUGAUACUUUGAUGUCCCUUUCAGCAUUAGCCAUGGGAUUGUGUGUUUCAAUGAUUGCCUACAUUCGCUUGCCAAGCCUCAAAGUUUCAACUCUUCUAUUAAUAGGCCUGUUAGUUUAUGAUGUAUUUUGGGUAAGUUUUUGAGAUAUCCUUUCAAGAUAUCCUGAUAUAGCUGCUAUAGUUUUCUGCUUAGCCUUAGUUUCUUUUAGGUUGGUUUAACUUGUAACGUAACCCUGAGAUUAAGUUUAAACUGACAAUUAGAUAUACUUUUUACAGUCUGUUUUGGAUGCCAUUGUGGGUAAACAAAAUCUUAGUGGGUCUCUGAGUAGAAGCUCAAAAGUAUUUUAUUAGCCUAGCUUCAAUGCAAGUGUAUCUUUGACGUGAGCGAUUAAGCUCCAUGCUUAUGUUCAUGACACUGUUAAGCUGCCAUAUUUGAUUAUAUGAGGAAAGUAGAUUAGGGAGAGUUAAGGAAAAGCAACCUUUGAGGUAGUGGCUAGGGCCAUUGGAGGAAGGCAAUUUUGGGGCAGUUUCAAUAUGUUGUUAAUAAUGGAAGGGGCCCAGACCCCCACCCCCCCUUAUUUUUAGACGAAACUGAGAAAAAAAAUUUUGUUUGACACCGCCCCCCCUUAUCUCAGGGUUUGAAUGACCCCCCCCAAUCCUUAUCUGAAGGUCUGGAUCUGCUGCUGCAGUGUAGGCUAGUAUCAUAUUCCUGAGAAAAUUUUGUUGAAAGUUUGGCUUAACCCUGGAUUAAAUUUCACCAGAUUUUGAAAAACCUGGGCCUAAAUAAUGAGAACACUAAGAUAUUCCAUAGUUCUUUUGAUUAUAACAUUGUAUAUGAUUGUGUAUUUGGUCACAUUCCAGGUCUUUUUUUCAAGUUAUAUAUUCAAAGCCAAUGUUAUGGUGCACGUUGCAACACAGCAGGCUGAUAACCCUGUAAGUACUCAAUUAAAGGGAACACUACUAUAACUGAGCAGUACAAAAUCAAAGCUCAUCUCAUCAACUUGUUUUGUUGUCAGAAAGGUUAAGUGGCUGGCAUUAUAGCUUGCAAAGGACACAGUUAGGUCUUAAAUUGCUUGGUUGCAUGAAUACCUUAAACUGCCGCUUAUGAGUGCUGGGCUUAUACAUGUACAUCUUCCUAAGGGGUAUUAACCCUUAAGACCCAAGAGUGAUCAACAUCAGUUUUCUUUAAACAAUAUCCAUAUAUCAUCAAUAGAAAGGGUUAUGAGAAUUUAUAAAAUGAUCUCCAAAGGGAAAUGCUUCGAUCUUUCAUCAAAUUCUUCAACUAAUUCUUUAGGGAAAUGUAUGGAGACCAGUUUGGAGAAUUUCUCUCUACAUACUAGGGCUUAAAGGGUUAAGAGGGCUUACAAACAGAGGUGCUUAUAAUAAUCCGAGGUGGCUCAUAAGCACAAUAAAAGAAAGCAGUUGGAAACAAGCUUUAGCAGUUGUUGUCAAAAUAUGUUACAUUUACUGGCUUUUAAUUAAGCUUCAAAAUAACAUAAUAAAUAAAAUUCAUUUCAAUACAAGCCAGAGGGGGAUGUAUAUAUUCAGUGGGGACUUAUAAUCAGAUGUUUUUUUAUGUGUGUGUUUCAGGUAGAUGGGCCAAAAGGUGGGGGGGGGGGUAUUAAAUGUGGGGUGCUUUUAAGCAGCAGUUUACUGUAGACAAGCAAAAUAAGACCUCUGUCAUCAUUUUAGCACAUGAAAUUACAGUCAGGUUUCUGUAAGUUCUAUGGCAUGUUCUGUAAAGAUGAAUGGUGCAGUUUUAUCAAAAUUGACCCUAAAAUGAUUCUUAAUUAAAGAACAGGUCAUCGCUUUACAUGUAUCUGAAAAUCUUUCUUGGUUGUCUUCUUUUUCCAGGUCCAAAUCAUGGCAAGUAAAUUAAGAAUGAACUCUGUAGGAAAUAUAUCUCCACAAAUUUCCCUUCCAGGAAAGUUGGUUUUUCCAAGGUUAGCCUCUGAUUUUUCCUUCUAAUCAGUACAAGUCGUUCUCUGCUGGCAGAGGUCUCUCAUUUUUGCUUUGUCGUGAGAGACCUCUGCUAGCAGGGAAUACAAGUCGUCAAAAGAUUCAUAGAAAUUAAGAAGUAUUAAUGUUGUUGCAUUUUUUUUUUCAGUAUGCGUGAUAGAGGCAGAUUCUCUAUGUUAGGAUUAGGAGAUAUAGUAAGUUAUAUUCAGUGUCAACCUUUUAGUCUUAAAACUUAGAUCACUUUAAAAAAUAAGUAUCCCAAAACAUGAUACUAAUCAGAUCUUCACUUUCCACCUCUUACUGUCAUUUAUAUUUUAAAGGGCAAAAGGGAGACAGCCAUAAAUAACCUCAAAUUCUAAUAUUUUAUGUCAGUCAAGACUAAUGUUGUUACAGUGGAACUUCGAUAUAACAAAGGGUCAAGGGACUGGCAAAAUAUGGUUGCUAUAACGUGGUUCUUUUCCAUAUAUUUAACCAGAAGCCGGGUCCUGAUUUUACUAUUACUGGUGCAUAGAGUAUUCUUUGCCAAGCAAGCAAGCGAGCAUAUAUGUUUAUUGAUGUCUAAAGUAGUUACAAAUUAAGUUCAUACAUACACGUACAUGUACAUACCAACAACCUCUGCUUGCAUAUAGCUUGGCUAAUCGAGGUGGCAGAGGAAACGUAAUUCACUAGGAAGGAAUUAAGAAAAGGAAAGGAAAAGGAAGAUAGAUCUAAAUAAAUAAUACAAGAAGAUGAACUGAAGUUAUUACAAUACAACAUUACAAAAUUACAAACUUAUUUUACAUUUCAUAUUAUCUUGCUUAAUUUAUUAAUUAUUAAAAUAGGUGUGUCAACAUAAGUAUCCUCCAAUUCGUAAAUAUUUAAAAGAAGCCUUAAAUUUAUGCUUAGGGAGUACUCAGAUACUUUGAGGAAUACUGUUCAUUAUACUGAGGACUUCUUUAAAUAGAGGUUUGUUAUAUCUAGGUUCCACUGUAUUGGGGAAGUAGUUGAUGUGACAGAAGGCUGAUAUCUUAUGACUUUUAUUGGCUUUUCAGUCAAGAAUUGUUCGUUUAACUUCAUUUCUGAUUUUCUUUUUAAGGUUAUGCCAGGACUUCUCUUGUGCUUUGUUAUGAGAUAUGAUAAUUAUAAAAAGCAAGCAGCCGCAGCAGCUGAUAUGGACCAAUCAAAGAUAACUUAUUUUCAUUGCUCACUUAUUGGAUACAUUGUAGGUAAGAUACUGAUAACGUCACUACAUCUCUUAGCUAAGAAUGUGUAAACUCUUAUUAUCUCCAAUUACCCUAAUUUUCAUUUCAAAAAUAGCUAGCUGUUGUGGAUCAAGUCUUCUUUGGUGGCUUGAUUUGGCAAACUUUACUGGGUUCCAAAAAGUCAACUUCAAGAAAUUAAUGGUGUUAAAUAACAUAACGUGAUUUUGGAUUUUUUACUAUUGACCAAACCACUUAAAAGUAUGCUACUGAUGUGGGUAUACAUGUAUAUAGGGGACUUUUUUUUCUCAUCCUGCUCCUAUUCCCCUGUCCCACCCAUUCUCCAGCAAAACCCCAACCGCUUUGUUUACAACUGUAUCGUUAUAUCAUGGGCCAAGAAUAGAAGAAAGAGAAAAAUAUAGAUAAGAAUAGUAGUCUAGCUAUAAUGGCCAUCAUCUGUUAUCAGUUCUGAGAGUCAGUCAUCAGUCAGCCGAGAGGGCAACAUUUUACGGCCUGGGACUGGAGGGUAGGAACGAGCAAAGAAUGAACCUCACUCGGCCUCGGCAGAGGCUCAAUGGAGCGUUUACUUUCGGGAGAAUCCGCUGCGUGAAGUUGUAGGUAGCCUUUUGGCUUUGGUGCCUGCGAUCAUUUUGCGAAACGGAAAUCCAGUUACACCCAGAUUGUGAAGACAGUGUUGGGAGAUGUGAAGCAGGACUUCGUGCCACACUCCAUUAUUUGAACGCCUGCUGGAACAGGCUAAGAAAGGGGCUCACCCAUGUGACAAUGUGAUUUGUCGAGGAAGUGAUUAAAAAAAUCAAUGGUGUUAAAUAACAUAAUGUGAUUUGUCGAGGAAGUGCAAGUCGUCAUAGGUGUCCGUCCUUCAAAUAAGUGAGAAUGUUUCUUGGGAUAGAAGUAUUUUCGCACUGAAUGUAAUGAAGUAAACUAGUUUGGACCUUGCUAUUGUCUUGUUUUCCCCAGGUUUAGUUACAGCUACAGUAGCAUCUGAAGUGUAUAAAGCAGCCCAGCCAGCAUUACUGUACCUUGUACCGUUUACACUAUUACCUAUUCUGGUCAUGGCCUAUCUCAAGGUAAGGUCUAUGUUGAACUGCUUCCCAGAUCGCGUGCAACUGGCCCUUUCCUUAAAUGGGAAAAUAAUUACCUCCAAAACAUCCAAGGUAUCCUAACAAAAUUUAGCAAGAUGCUCAACGCACCCAACAAGUUUAGCCUGCGCAAAAAAAGAGAGGGGAGGGGAGAUAGAGGAAAGCGUGAAAUGGGAAGGGGAAAAGAGAGCAUUUCCCUUUCCCCUUCUCCCCAAUCCCCUCUCCCUUUUCCCUCCUUUCCCCUCCCCUCUCGACGCCUGUCAAGUAGGCCAAAGAGGUUGUGCCCAUACCAGGCUGGGGUUUUGUUGGCCAUUUUUGUUGGGAGUGUACUGUUUAUGCAGACACUUUGUCACUGACUACCUUCUUACUAGUGUUCGAAAAUUUGGGAACAAUAUUUUGCAAGUAUUAAUUUUUGUGAUUCCGGGGGAAAAGUGAACAAAGAGUUAAAAGCGUCUGGAGGCAAGACUUGGUUGGUAGAAAGCUACGUACACUUCAUGAAACGAGAAGGAGCUAAAAACGUUUUACAGUAUGGUAUUUAAGUCCGUGUGUUUUAUUUUCGCGUUUCUGUUUCCAAAACGCGAAAAUGGCUUGUCGACAACUACCAUCUGCCUUGAAGCCCGUGUUUUCCAUCUCACUUAAAGGGUGAAUUUAAUUUAAGAAUCUCAAUAUGGAGACCGUUAAAAGGUAGUUUUGGUGACCAUAACAGUUCUGUAGGAUUAACCGCGAGGAGUUUUAUUGAAGUGACCAAGUUUUUGCUUCUGUCAACAAAUGAAUAAGUUGUCGCACUGUCGAAUAGUGCGCACGGUGACGGGCCAGCAAGAAGACUGAACUUCCAGCUGUUUUUUUUCUUUUUCAGGGCGAUCUGCGGAAAAUGUGGCAGGAUCCCUUUGUAGCUGCCAGUGCUAAACUCAAGUUCAUGGAAGUAUGACACAUUGUGUAACGUACUGAAAAUCACAUAGAGACAUUUCAUGCAAUCUAUGGUCUGGUUGAGGACCUACAUUGAUGAAUGCAUUUUCGGUUUCAACAACUUGAAACAAACAACUUGAAACAAACGAGUUUGCUUUUCUACUGAACUGAACUGAACUGAACUGAAGUGAAGUGAUAUCAGUUGUGGGAUUAAGAAAGAUGGAGGUGCGGUUGCCAGCUCACAAGCAAGAUUCCUACACCAAAGUACAGAUGUUACUGGUCAACAAAGGCGAUGGAAAGUACACCUCCUUCGCUUUAAGAGCUUUUGAUUUACACAAUUCACUUUUUAACCAGUUAUAGAGAAGCCCAAUGUUCUUAGUUAUUACAUUUAUAUGUGUAACUUGAUGAGUUUGGGAUGUUUUCUUUAUGUAACCUGUUUCACUCCUCUCUGUUGUCUGAACGGCUAUUGACUGUGUGCUGUGCUGGACGCACAUUGUAUGGAAUUCAAAGUAACCAUGGGACUUGACAAAAAGUAGAGUUCUGUUGCAUCAUUUUUGUAAUUAUACAGGGGAAACGUUUUCUUUUUAGAGCAGCCUUCGUAACUGUAGGAGUGACGUUGGUUUGUUGCCGUUCCCGUCGUCCAUUGCGACGAAAACGAGAAUGUCCUAAUUAAGGGUGAAAUGGAUUUGCGUUUUCUCAGACGUUGCGAUCAUGCCAUUUCGUUUAGAAUGACAAGUGUAGGUGAAUUUGGAGUUGGAUUCAUAGGGUUCAAACGGAGGUUCAGAAAGAGAAAAAAUAGUUGUCGUCUAUCUGUGUCUUCCAUACCUUGCGAAAGCAAAUUUCACGCCGUGGCCGUAGAGUUACGACUAUGAAAUGUGCCAAAAAGUGUGAUGAACGUGCAGAGUUGGCCGUCGCUGUUGUUAAAGCUCCCUUUAUUUGAUGCCAGUACGACAGUAGCAAUAAAGUAACCGCCACUUGUGCAGUGAACUAGCGUUCUUUCAAGCCUCAUUGCGAUUCAUCCAACUUCCUCAAAUUGUCAUUAACCUAGGUGAAUUCUCCUGAUGUUGAAUUCUUGUGGACCAGAAAGACCAGUAGUCAUGUGAUCAAUAAAACGUCCCAUUAACACACUUUACGUUUUCCUCGCGAAGUGCACGUGACGGCAAGAAAAUGUACCAAAACGAGCGAUGCACGUGAAGAUUUCUCGUUAGCAUCGCUGAGAUUAGCCUGUUUCAGGCUCCAGGGGAGUCGUACAGCAAAAAGUGAUAAGAAAAACGCGCAGGAGCUAGGGAGAGAGAAAGGGCGCCAAUGCCCCUGCCCACUUCCCCAGAUCGCGCGUGUGUUGAUUUCGCUUGGCUUGUUUUAUUUUCACGAAGUCCUAACUAUCUGAGAGCCUGGAAUAGGCUAUGUGAGAUCUUCCUGCGAAACCUGUUACGUUGGUGACUCUGCAGGCCUCUUGUCAACUUCCUCCGCUUGCUCCUCUGAACAGGCGUUUUUUUUAAUAUACCAUAUUACGCGUGAUCAGAGAUGCCUGUGUAUAGGGAGUUGAAACACGCCUUUUUAAAUGAUUUUGUAAAUACUUAAGCAAUUUCAUAGUUCCUAUUAUUUAUUUCAUGGGAAUUUUUUCAUGUAAGAAUCAUAUACAAGCGAUAUUCGACCUGCAGGUUGUUUAACGCUUAAUGAUGAACUGAGGACGCUACUAGCAUUGGAUUUUUAGCUUUAUAGCAGACUGUUUUAGUCUCUCACUUUGGGUUAACGUAACUAUUAUUUACAUGAUCGUACAAGAUAAAAUCUUGUUAACAUUUGAUUAACCUGAACAUGAACAUGAGAACAUGAACAUGAGAUAAAAUGUAAAAAUUAAAUCAUAGGCUAAAUAAUUUUAUUGUCACUG